GACACAGCGUGAAGUUAGAGUUCACCUAGUGAACUGCUGUACGGACACUUGAGACAGACUGAUGCUUUAACUAGCCAGUGCGUGCAGAGACGUCACUGACCAGGUUUCUUGUCACUUCCAAGCCAAAAAUCCCUCCAACCAGUCACUGGGUGAGAUACGGAGCAGAGCCAUGGCGGAGGACGGUUCAGACCAGCGAGCCCUGCAGUAUGAACAAACUUUGAUGUAUGGGCGUUAUACCCAGGAACUCGGGGAGUAUGCCAAAGAGGAGGCGGCCCAGCAGAGGGAGAGUGGGCAGAAGCGGUUGGUCAGUGAGCGCAGCCGGAUCCUGGACCUGCCGGAGAGUGACAAGGGUCGCUGUGCCAAGUGCCGCAGUAAGUGCAAGCAAGCAACUCCCAUUGGUCAGAAUGUGGUCCAUGUGAAGCUGCAGAAGUAAUCUUUAAAUUUAAAGUAAGCGUCGUAGCUUUUAUCUACAGACAUAUUUUUUCCCUUUUGGUUUAAAUAGUUUGUAUUGAUUCUUAUCAGGGUCUUCACAUCUGCACCUGUAGGACGUAGCUGCUCUGACUAUCAUGUUCAGAGUGUUCGAUAAUCAGGUCUGCUAUGCAGCAGUGAGUGGCCUUCAUAACUGAAAAAGGUCAUUUAACAUCAUACUUAAGAGGAACUGUCAGUCCAGUGAUUGGACCACUCUUAAUAAGAUUCAGGCCUCUGACUGCAGUAAUGUCAUUAAGGGUUUGUCAUGAAGGCCUUUAAAUUUCAACCUGGCGCCUCUUUUAAUUAGUUAUUGUCUUCCAGUGUCAAUAUCAGAAUAUAUUAAUUAUUUUUUUAAACCAUUUAUUGAAAAAAAUCUGAGUCAAAAGUGUGUGUAAACACAGAUUAGAGCAUAGAUCUGACACCGUGUAUGCCUAAUCAACCAUUAUGAUGCAUCUCUCAUCACUGCCUGAUUGUUUUAUUUACUUUGGUGACAGAAAUACAAUGCUGGAAGUUCCUUUUUUGGGUUUGAAGUGGACGUGGUUCUCAAUGUUCAUUGCUAAGGAAGCUCAGGUUGUCCUGGACAACAGAUCAGAAAGCUAGAAAUUAAGGAGCAUCAGACAAUCACCAUAACAAGAAUUUCUUCUUCAUAGUCUUUC